CGUUGGGAAGGAGACAAAAUAAUAUUCUGUCUCCUUUGUAUAUUCUUUCAAAGCCUCGGGAAAAUCUGGUUUUAUUAGAUCAGAUAUCUAAGCGAUCGACCUACAAUUUGGUCUUCAAUGGCGUCCGAAUCCCAGAACGACCAGCAGCUUCACUUUGUCUUGUUCCCUCUAAUGGCCCCAGGCCACAUGAUCCCAAUGGUGGACAUUGCCAAGCUCCUCGCCCGCCGCCCUGGACUCGCCGUCACCAUACUCACCACCCCACUCAACGCCGCCCGCUUCCGCGCCACCCUCUCUCGCGCCGUCGCCGCCGGCCUCAACAUCCACCUGCUCGAGCUCAGGUUCCCCAGCUCCGACGCCGGCCUGCCGGAAGCCUGCGAGAGCAUCGACGCGCUUCCUUCCCUCGACCUCGCCCCCAACUUCUUCGCCGCCAUCAACAUGCUACGGCAAGAAGCGGAGACGGUGGUGGAACGGAUUCAGCCGCGCCCCAGUUGCCUCAUCUCCGACAUGGGGUUGCCAUGGACGGCGGAGAUCGCCCUGCGCCUCAACAUCCCCCGCCUCGUUUUCCACGGCACCUGUUGCUUCUCCCUCCUCUGCAACCACAGAAUAAUGGCGUCAAAGAUUCUCGAGAGUUUGGGUUCCGAUUCCGACCGUUUCGUCGUCCCUGACUUUCCCGUCAGGAUAGAAUUCACUAAAACCCAGGUUUCCGGCUCUACAAGUAACAAAUCUCAGACUACUCCCAGUACAGUACUGCAAGAAUUCCGGGAGAAAAUACUGGCCGCCGACAGAGCAACCUACGGCGUGGUCGUCAACAGUUUCGAGGAACUAGAGCCGGAAUACGCCACGGAGUAUCGCAAAGAAAAACACGGCAAAGUAUGGUGCAUCGGCCCAGUUUCAUUAUCCACCCAGAACCACCAAGAUCAGGCCGCGAGAGGCGACGAGACCGCCGCGACAAACCAAGACUGUCUGACGUGGCUCGACGGCCACCGCCCCGGCUCGGUGGUGUACGCCAGCAUGGGAAGCCUGGCACGCCUCAACGCCGAUCAGAUGGCCGAGAUCGGUCUCGGUUUAGAAGCCACAAAAAGACCCUUCAUUUGGGUAUUGGGAAGAGGCGAAAAACUCAACACCAUAGAGAACUGGAUCGCCAGCAACGGGUUUGAAGAACGUAACAAAGAGAAAGCCCUGGUGGUCCGAGGCUGGGCCCCGCAAGUGCUCAUCCUGGCCCACCAGGCAGUCGGGGGAUUCUUGACACACUGCGGGUGGAACUCGACUCUUGAAGCGAUAUCUGCCGGGGUGCCAAUGGCAACGUGGCCACUCUUCGCGGAGCAAUUCUGCAACGAGAAGCUGGUGGUGGAGGUGCUGGGGAUUGGCGUGAGCCUUGGCGUGCAGGUGCCUGUGAAGUGGGGAGAUGAAGACAAGAUUGGGGUUUUGGUGAAGAAGGAAGAGAUCAAAGAAGCCUUGGAGAAAGUAAUGGAUGAAGGAGAUGAGGGGGAAGAGAGGAGGAAGAAGGCGAGAGAAGCAGGUGAAAUGGCUAAGAAAGCAAUGGAGGAAUGUGGUUCUUCUACCCGCAACUUGUCUGCUCUAAUCCAAGAAAUAUCAAACAGCCAUUGCAAGAUUGGUCCGUGAUCAAAUAUCUUGUCAUCAACAUUCACUUAGAUAGGAAUGGGUAAUUACUAGUAACUUAAAUAAUAUUUUGGUGUUGAUGCAAUUAAUAAUCCCAUCCCAUCAUGUAUAAAUUCUAUCACCUCUGUAUAU